GCAUAGACAGAGGUCUCGCCAAGGAACCAGGAGGGAGGGUUAUUUUAAUGGCCGUCGGUUGCACUAUAAAAUGCAAAAUGUCCGGAUUAUCCACUAUAUUUAGACCGUAUUAGCCACUGGUACGCGUGGGCUGCCGUUUUGGGUGACAAGCAUCACUCUGGACAUAUAUUCCGGCCACAGGUUUUUCUCUAGUGUUGUUUCGACGGCGCUGAACGGACUUUACCCGCUUCAUUCGCGCGACGGGCCUAGCCGGCUGGCUCAAAAACAAGCGGACUGCUAGCAAGUCGCCGGAGUUCAAAGGGAAUAUGUAAUAUAAAACAUCCGACAUGACAUCGAGAUUCGGUAAAACCUACAACCGCAAGGGAGGGGAGGCCAAUUCCAAAUUCGAAGAGGUCUUCUCCAACAAACGGUCCACACUGACCACCAAAUGGGGGGACACCACCUACAAGGCUCAGCUGGGAGCCAAACGGCCUCUGUUGAAGCCCGACGCCGCAGAGCUCCCCAAGAGGCCCCGGCUUGAGGACAGCGACAGUGAAGAUGAUCCGUUUGGGUUUGACAGCGACGACGAGUCCAAGACUGUGACCUCUCACGGCCUGUCCCAGGUGAAAGUCAACGAAGGCGACGUGGCAAAGACAGCGGCAGUGCAGGGCGGCGGGACGGCCACUGUUGUGGCGUCUGCACAUGGCUCCGCAAGCACGGCUGCAGCGCUCACAAGCAAGCAAAAAGUUGAAGAGAAGGCUGUUAAAAACAGCCAGCCCUGGUUCAAAAGCACAUCAGAAGGCAACCAGAAACCUGCAGGUGCGGCAUCCUUCUCAAACACAGUCCCCUCUGGUCAUCAGAAUUUCUCAGCUCCCAAAAUAGACCUCAAACUGUCCGGUGAUGCACCCGGUGGUUGCAGAGACUUUCAAACGUCUUCCUCUUAUGAUGGGCUGUCAUCUGAGGAGACGGAAAGUGCUGAGCUACAACCUCCCACAGAGCCUCCACCAGAACCAGUGGACAACAUUCCCCCAUCCCCAUUCACCCUAAGGGCCUCUAACUGCAAGAAAUACCAGCGACCCACCCGGCCUGACAAAACAUCAUCUGAACCUGCAGAAAACAACAGUAACACGCCCAAUGAAACAGUGAGUGCCCAAAAUAAACCCAACAGUGUCCUUUCUGCGAAUGCAAGUACUACUCUUACUGGUACUAAGACAGCAGCCAAGCCAACGGGCAGAGGCGGCGGGAGGGUAAGGGACUACACUGUUCUGCACCCGUCCUGUCUGUCAGUGUGCAACGUCACCAUCCAGGACACCAUCGAGCGGGGCAGCGAUGAUCUGGUUACUCCUGCUGCCCCAGCUGACCUCGGACAGGCAGGCCUGAUGAAGAAGAAGAUUGAUGCUCCACCUUCCAAAACCACCAGGUUCCGACCCACCCAGACAAAGACGAGGAAGACCAAGACUGAGUCCAAGCUAGAGUUCUUCGGCUUUGAAGACAAAGAGGAACAGGAGGGCGAGGACGGGUCAGAUGGGGCCAUGGCAGGCAAGAGUAACUACAAGAUCAAAUAUUUCGGCUUCGAUGACCUGAGUGAGAGUGACAGUGAUGACGAGAGCUCUCGGGCCAAGGAGAAGAAGGCCAAGAAGGAGGCUGCAGCCUUGGCUGCUCUAAGCUCGGGUGUGGACAGUCCUCAUACCAGUGACUCUCAGGACAGCCAGGCCAGCAGCAACACAGAUGCUUUUGACUUCUCUGAUGACUGCAGUCCUGGUGGCUCUGAGGGGCAGAGGGGACGCUCAGGGAAGCAGAGUGACAAAUCCAAGGACAUUGGCAGUCGGCUCAAAAAAAUCUUUAGUGGACCCAAAAAGUCGCCUGCUAAAGCUGUGUACAACGCCCGUCACUGGAACCAGCCGGAGCCUGAAGAGAUGCCUGCUCCUCCCCUGUCCCGAGCUCCAACUGCUCCAGCCGUUUUAUCCAGCAGCAGCAGCAGCAGCAUCAGCAGCAGCAGCAGCAGCAGCAGCAGCAAGGAUAGCAACUCUCAUAAAGAUGAUGGCCUGUUCAAAGCCCCUCCACCUCCGCCUCAAGUCAUUAAGUCAGAGACCUUACCCACGCGACUCAACCAGGAUAUUGUCACAGCGCUCAAAUGCAGGAAGGAGCACAAGGAGCUGUACACGGUGGUGCAGCAUGUGAAGCACUUCAAUGACGUGGUGGAGUUCGGAGAGAAUCAAGAGUUCACAGAUGACUUUGAGUACCUGGAGACGGGGCUGAAGAGCAGUCAGCCACUCAACACAAGAUGCCUUAGUAUAAUCAGCCUGGCCACAAGAUGUGCCAUGCCCGGUUUCAGGAUGCACCUGCGGGCCAGAGGGAAAGUGGCACAGGUUUUCAAAAUGCUCAGCGAUGCACCGCAACACCCGAAUCUUGGUCUGUGCACGGCUGCCCUCAUGUAUAUUCUGAGUCGGGACCGUCUAAACAUGGACCUGGACAGAGCAUGUCUGGAGCUAAUGAUCAAACUGCUGGAGCUGGACCAGGACUACUCUGGCCACGAGGAUCAGCUCACACCCAAGGAGGUUGCAAAGGUCAAGGAGAAGAUCAGGAAACUGUGCGAGACCGUACACAAUAAGCAUCUGGACCUGGAAAACAUUACAACGGGCCACCUUGCCAUGGAGACAUUGCUCUCUCUAACCUCCAAGAGAGCUGGGGACUGGUUCAAAGAAGAGCUGCGGCUUCUGGGAGGUUUGGACCACAUUGUAGACAAAGUUAAAGAAUGUGUGCAGAACCUGAGCCAAGAGGACGACAAGGAGAACCUGGUAGCAUCUUUAUGGGGCGCCGAGAGGUGUCUGAGAGUGCUCGAAAGUGUGACAGUGCAGAACCCAGAAAACCAAGGUUACUUGAUUGCCUACAAAGACUCUCAGCUCAUCGUUUCCUCUGCCAGAGCUCUGCGGUACUGUGAGGAUAUGAUCCAGCGGUACAGCAGGGCAUUAAACAACAGCUCUCUGUCAUCGUCUGGAGCAGCGCUGCCCCACUGCAGCUUCAGUAAUGUGGGCAAGGCAGUGGAGGACUGCAUGAGGGCCAUCAUAGGAGUGCUGCUCAACCUGACCCAUGACAAUGAGUGGGGAAGUACUAAAACAGGUGAGCAGGAACAGCUAACAGUUACCGCUCUGAACUGCGUCCUUCGAGUCCCACGCUACAUCCCUCAGGAGCAGCGCUUUGACGUGCGAGUUCUGGGUCUGGGUCUACUAAUAAACCUGGUGGAGUACAGCUCCAGGAACCGCCACGGUCUGGUGGACAUGGAGUACAUUGUUGACGACACCUGUCUGGAGGACAGCCUGAUGCAGCCUGAUGACCCGACACAAUCGGACACGGCGGAAGAGUUAGCACCGCCGAGCGCGGCUGAGACUCAGGCAGACGAAGCCGGAAAGCCCAAUUCCUCCGGUGCUCUGGCUGCACUUGUAAAGCUCUUCCUGGAGAGAGAGCGCGCUGCCAUCCUUGCCGAAGCCAAGACCGAUGACUUGAUCAGCGAGGCGCCCAAGCCGGCCCUGGACAAAAGCGGAGAGUGGCAGGAGACUUCGGGAGAGAUCCAGUGGGUGGCAGCCGAGCCCACCGACAGCCAGUCUAACGACAGCCAGACUGAGAAGAAGGAGGAGGAGGAGGAUGAAGAGUUGGACCUUAAUAAAGCUCUGCAGCAUGCAGGCAAGCAUAUGGAGGACAGCAUUGUGGCCUCCUACACCGCCCUGCUGCUGGGUUGUCUGUGCCAGGGUAGCCAGCUCAAUGUGACUACUGUGAGAAAGAAUUUACCUAAAGGGGAUUUCUCCAUCAUGACAGAAAUGCUGAAGAAGUUCCUGAGUUUCAUGAACCUCACUUGUGCAAUGGGCUCCACAGGACAGAAGUCCAUCUCGCGGGUCAUUGACUACCUGGAGCACUGUUAACAGACAGCCAGGUCGCGGACUCACACUCUGGCUGCUCAUUAAAGGGGUCCCAGGCUGUUCUGGUCACCCCCCCCCCCCCCGCCUGACAGGAGCAACACAAGGUCAUCGGAGUCUCAGCAGCAUUCCUACAACUCCACCUGAUCUACCAGUGCUGUGAUCACGCUGAAUUCUCAUUGCUAGUGGCGCACUCUGACAUGCGUUUGAACACACACACAAACACACACACACACACAUACGAGAGUUUCACUUACUCUCAGAACCAAAGCCCCGCUUCCCUGCAGACACACAGAUUCCUUCAGUUCCAGUCAACUAAUGCUGCAGAUAGAGUCAGAUAAACUUGAAAGGUUCAGGAUUCACCCUCAGGUAACUGGGAAUGAGGCAGAGGAAUGUCAGACAUAAAGAUGGACACAAAAGCAAACGUCCUCCUGAAACGUCCCAAACAGUCUCCUGCCCACUGUCCGCUCUCGAUUCUGUUCGCUCAGUUGCCGUGUGAACCUCUGAAUCUAAUUUUAUGGAUCAUUAAAUUUGAAUCUCUGCCCAUCCGUGUCAAAGCCACGGGAGAAAUCAUUGAUCAGCAUGAAAAACAAUCAUUUUCAUGGACGUUAAAGUGACGUCUCUAUUAGUUAACUCGUGUGGAAUGAUUUUGAACGCAUACAUCCAUUCACCUGCGUGUUUGCGGUUGGCUCGACUGUUUAAGGGAAAGAGUAUUUUUAAGCUUUGGUUUUUUAUUCUCAUUGUGCUCAUUAACUCUACGCCGUGUGAGUUAGCAGAUCUGAUAGGUGUGUUGAUAUGUUUUUAGAUGUUUGUUUUUCUUCGAGGGCAUUUUAUUUUUCCACCCAAAUUAUUAAUGACUUUUAAAGACUAAACAGCUGUAUGACUUCCCCACUAGGAUGCUCUGUAUUUGACUGAUAAUGGCAUCUGGAAAUUACACAAUAUUAUGAUCCGUUUUUUAUUAAUUUGGUAAGAUAUUAGUCUGUUUUGAUCAUUCCCAUUUCAAUGAAUUAAACAGUAUGUGAUUACAGUAUGCAUUUUAUCUCAAGUAUAACAGACGUGGUGAAUUUCUCAAGAAAUGAAUGGACGUGCUUCCUUUUGAAUAUAAUGAAGUUAUUAUUUGUUUAAAUGUAUUUAAUUUAAUGCUUAGUGCUCCUCCUUUUUGUUUCAUUAUAUUUAGUGUGACGCAGCUCAUAUAUCGACAUAUUUAAUUGAAUGAUAGUUUUGGCUUCAAACCACAUUGAAUUUCAACCACACUUUAAUGCAUUUAAUGAAAUUGGAAAAGUCUUUUUAUCUUUUGUAUGCUCAUGUUAAUUGACGUUGGGAAUUUCCUCGUGAUGGUUUUAAACUUCUGCGCGUCAGGCCACAUGUAGCGUCAAGUUUUCACUCCCGUCGUAUCACCGAGUGUCUGCAUUGGACAACAUCAAGCUCCCGUUUUAUUUAUUCUUCCACGGUGUCAUUUUACUUGUGACGAAGCACCUGAACCUUUGAAACUCCUCUGCCGUGUACUGCUCACAUGUACGAUCACUGAUCUGAAUGACAGCCAUACCUGCGUUAGCAGAUUAGGUUUAUCUGUAGGUUUGUAGGUGCUGCAGUGAACAUAACUGCAACUGUUGACUGUGUAUUACUUUGCAAACUCUGGUCUGAAUGUAAAUACUCCUGUACAUAGUUGCUAAUGGACAUUUAAAAAAAUGCUUAGACUACUUUUUUCCCUGAAGCUGAUAUUUUUAUUUUAUACAAUAUUUCUGAGUUGUCAUUUGGAGAAACAAAAAUCGCAGGAAGAGAAACACAAAUAGUUUGUACCAUUUCCAAGAUCUUGUCUUUGGUUACAUGUAAAUAGUUGUAUCUCAAAAUGGAAAAAAAAAAAGUUGCUACUUUGAAUAUA